AUGGCUAUUUCAGUGUCUAAGAGGAAAUCUAAACUAUCCAAAAGAUUUCAAGAAAAUGAUCAAAGUUUCUUUUAUUCACUUCUUGCAAAAGUUUUCUUUCGAAUUCCUGGCGUCAUUUUUCUGUUGAUUCUCAUCUAUAUAUGGUCAUCUUCGACUUCUAUGAUUUCUGGAAAUGUUGUUCAUUUGUGUGUAUCGUCGAGGAAGCUGAAUAAUCUGUAUUGCCUUUCGGCUGGUACUCAACCGAGUUUUGAGAUCCCGGUUUCUCUUGUUAAUGAAAGUCACAUUUCCACGAGCAAUGGUGAAGUUGGGAAUGUUAAUAAAGUUGCUGAUUUUGAGGUAAAGAGUUCUAUUUCUACUCAACCGAGUUUUGAGAUCCCGGUUUCUCUUGGUAAUGACAGUUACAUUCCCGCGGGCGAUGUUGAAGGUCGGAAUGUACAAAAAGUUGUGGAUUAUGAGUUGAAGAGUUCAAUUUCUGCUGUUAGAAAUUACACUGACAGAGGUGGGAAUGAAGCAUUGACAGAUGCUUACAAGGACGUGGAGGAACAAAUACAAGUUCAUCGAUCAUGGGCAUCAGAUUCAGACCACGAGUCAUGCGAUGGACGAGGGAUUUAUGUUUAUGAAUUGCCCCCGAAAUUCAACAAAGACUUGCUCGCUCAAUGCAGGGAUAUGAUUCCUUGGAUGGACUUCUGCAGAUUUUUAAGCAACAAGGCUCUUGGAGAGCCUAUACAGAAGCUCGGUAAGGGGUGGUAUCACACACAUCAGUACUCGUUGGAGCCUAUAUUUCAUGCUCGGAUUUUGAAGCAUCCUUGCAGGGUAUUUGAUCCGAAUGGAGCGAAGCUAUUCUACGUGCCAUACUAUGGUGGACUAGACAUCCUCAGAUGGCAUUUCAAGAAUGUUACUGAUGAUGUUAAGGACUCAUUGGGGUCGGACCUUGUGAGGUGGCUCAAGUCACAAGGGCCAUGGUAUCGAAACUUAGGUAAAGACCAUGUUUUUGUUUUGGGAAAAAUUUCAUGGGAUUUUCGAAGAAGUGAAAAAUCUUCAUGGGGUACUAGAUUUUUAGAACUCGAUGAAAUGCAAAACCCGAUAAAGCUCUUAAUUGAACGACAACCUUGGCAUAUUAACGACAUUGGAUUACCUCAUCCAACUUAUUUCCAUCCUCAUACAGACGACGAUAUUGUCUCUUGGCAGUUAAAAAUCAUCAAAUCAAAUCGAAAAAGCCUAGUCAGUUUUGCUGGUGCAGCUAGGCCGGAUUCUCCAAACAACAUCAGAUCAAUCCUAAUACAGCAGUGCAUUUCAACAUCAAAUGGAGAAUGCAAAUUUCUGAAUUAUACUCCCGGAAUAUACGAUCAACCCGAGUCCAUAAUCGAGCUCUUCACUGAAUCCGAAUUCUGCCUACAACCUCCAGGUGACAGUCCAACAAGAAAAUCAGUAUUCGACUCUCUUAUAUCGGGCUGCAUUCCAGUACUCUUCAACCCCUUGACAGCAUACUAUCAGUAUCCAUGGCAUUUGCCACAAGAAGUCGAUAAAUAUUCCAUCUUUAUCGACGAAAAUGAGUUAAGAAAUAAAAGUGUUAAUGUGGUUGAAAGGCUUAUGAGAAUUCCUUCAAGGGUAAGGGAGAAUAUGAGGAGAUAUAUUGUUUAUGAACUGUUGCCUGGCCUAGUUUAUGGAGAUUCAAAUUCAAAGUUUGACAAGUUUCAAGAUGCAUUUUCCAUAACAGUAAAUAAUCUGCUUCAGAGGUUGAAAAGAUUGAAUGAAUUAUAA